AUGGCGUAUUCCAUUCCAGCAAAUAUUGUAGCCAUUUCAGAUCUGCACCCAAGCCUUGCUCAUCCUAGUAUAAUCGGUGUGGUGAUUGGGAAAACAGAUGCCAAAGGCUUUCCGGACAGAAAAAAUAUUGGAUCAGAAAGAUAUAUUUUUUGUUUUACUGUUCGUGAUUCCCCAUCGUGGUUCAUAAAUGUGAAUUCCUGGGGAAGAGAGGACUAUAUUAAAUCACUUUCAGAAAGCUUUAGACUUGGUGAUUGUGUCAUAAUUGAAAAUCCCCUAGUACAGACAAAGGAGGUGGAAAAAGAAGAAAAGUUCAACCCUACUACAACAAGCAGUUACAAACUAUUGCUCAGUGAGAAUCACUCUGCGGUCAGAAUCUAUGAAGCAGACACCAGACUGCUGUCUCUGUUACAUUUACCUGUAAAGAACUCUCAAGAUUUUUACUCACUGGGGGAUAUUGUGGCCAAUGGACAAAGCCUGGAUGGAAAAAUAAUUAAUGUUCUUGCUGCUAUUAAAUCAGUUGGUGAACCAAAAUAUUUUUCUACUUCAGACAGGCGUAAAGGCCACAGAUGUGAAGUAAGGUUAUACGAUGAUAGCGAGUCUUCCUUUACAAUGAUAUGCUGGGACAAUGAAUCUAUUCAGUUUGCUCAGAGCUGGGUACCCCAAGAAACAGUAAUAUUUGCAUCUGAUAUAAGAAUAAAUUUUGACAAAUUUAGAAACUGUAUGAUUGCAACUGUAAUCUCAAAGACCAUCAUUACUAUUAACCCUGAUACAGCAGAAGCCAAUAUUUUAUUCAACUUUAUAAGACAAAGUCCAGAAAUGUUAGACUUGGAUGAUGAAAUGAGAGAUCAGAUCAGGGAGUCCAUAAAUUUGCAGACAAUAGUUGAUGUUUAUACAGUGGAACAAUUAAAGGUGAAAACUUUGCAAAACGAAGGAAAACCAGAACCAUUUUAUGGCAUUAUUUUUGCCUACAUUUCUACAUUGAAUAUUGAUAAUGAAGCAAGUAAAGUAAUACGAAACAGAUGUGUUAAAUGCCACUAUGUUGUCAAUGAAAAGACAAAUACAUGCUCUUUUUGUAGCAGCACUAACUCCUUAGAUGCAGACGCUGUGCCAGUGUUUGCCAGCUUUGAUUUACUAGUUCAUCUAACUGACCAUACAGGAACUCUUCACUUUUGCAGUCUCUCAGAUAUAAUAGCUGAAGAAACUUUAGGUCACACGGUCCAAGAAUUUCAAGCUCUGACAGAAACACAAAAGACAACAUUAAAAUGGCAACUCCUUCUAGAGAGAAGCAAAAUUUAUUUUAAGGUUAUUUUUUCUACCACAGCACGAACUGGGCUAAGAGUGAAACUGCUUUCUUGCAAGCUAGCAGAUCCAGUGGAGGCUUGCCAAAACUUGCCCGAAAAAGGAAAAUAACUACAUU